AUCCUACAGCCAAUAUCCUCCCGCCCCCCACCCACAAACGAAAUCCCUCCACGGCGCCGAGAGCCACCAUACUCCGACUGCUUCUCCCGCCCUGCGCCCCAGCAUUGCUACGAGAGUGACCGUAGACGAGAAUCCGCUGGCCAACGAAACGGCGUCUCCCUCGGGUCCAGAUUGCCGCCAGCAGCCCACGUCGAAGAGGGGCCCCACGACGCCUCUCCCUCCCGCCCGCCAAACGGAAACCCGCCUGCCUCACCAUUCCGUAAUCGCGCUGGGAAAACAAGCCGUGCUUAUCGUAGAGCUUACCCCCGGAGAGACGGUGACGUCGAAUACGUAGCCGCCUGGGACCUGUGGUCGCUCGCAGCCGCACCUCGCACAUGACUCCAUUCGCUGUCGCGUCAUAGCCUCCCCGCAACAAUGCCCGCCAGCAACAGACAUCAACAGCCCGCCACUCCGGGACCUGCCCUCCCCGUCCCGAAGGCCACGGCAAAGUACACGAACAAGGAUGGGACCAAGUAUAUAUCCGUCCCUAAAUCAUCCACGUCGACGCCGCCGGCCCAGCCGUCGCCGACUACCACCUCGUCCUCGAGGGGCGGUGCCCCGAUGAACCCCCCGGCCGCUGCCAACGGACCCCCGGCGCAACCGGUGAAUCGCAAGAAGCAGAAGCGUCGGGCAAAAGCUGCCGCGAAGGCCGCCGCCGAACAGGCCGAGGCCGCCGCCAACGGACUCCCCAGUCCAGCCUCCACCAGCAGCACACCCUUGCCAGCGUCGUCAGAGUCCCCGCCCAAGGACGUGCACCACUCCCGACAUAGCAUCCCGAGCGAGAGCCACCACGCCUCCCACGACCACGCCCACAAUGGCGAAGACUGGGGCGAGGAGACGGAGAGCGACGACGGGCACGCGAACGGAUCUGCGCCGAAGUCGAAAAAGCCCAAGAAGAAGAAGAAGCGAGGCGCGGUCGAGGAGCCCGCAGACGCCAUCUCAUCGGGAAUUUCCAAGGAGAAGAUAUGGAAUACGUCCCCCCCGGAUGAGCGAGAGCGCAUCAAGCAGUUCUGGCUAGGUCUGGGCGAGGACGAGCGAAAAUCCCUGGUUAAGGUGGAGAAGGACGCCGUUCUGAAGAAGAUGAAGGAACAGCAGAAGCACACCUGCAGUUGCUCCGUGUGCGGACGCAAGCGGACGGCCAUCGAGGAGGAGCUGGAAGGCCUGUACGACGCCUACUACCAGGAGCUGGAGUCCUUCGCGAAUCAGCCCCACGGCCACCCGAACGCGCCCCCCAUGUUCGCUCCGAAGCGGUUCGGCGCCCUGACCGGCCUACACCCUCCCGGAGCUCUGCCGUCUCGAUACUCGAAUCACCACCCUUCACACGGCCGCAUAGUGGAACACGUGGAUAAUGACGAAGACGAAGAGGAGGACUAUAGCGACGUGGACAAUCUGGACGAAGACGAGGACGAGGACGAGCCGGAGGAAAUCCCUCGCGACUCAUACCCCAACGACUUCUUCAACUUCGGUCAGAGUCUCACCGUAAAGGGCGGCAUUCUUACUGUGGCAGACGACCUCUUAAAGAACGACGGCAAGAAAUUCAUCGAGAUGAUGGAGCAGCUAGCCGAACGACGGAUGGCACGCGAAGAGGACGCGAAGGAUCAUUACGCGGGAGGAUACGGCCACGGCAUGAACGGCGCCCCUAUGUCGAACUCUCACAACCACCCACCUGUCGAGGACGACGAGCUCGAGGAGGAGGAGGAAGACGAGGACGACUACGAUAGCCAGGACGAAGACUAUGACGAGGAAGAGGACACGAUGACGGAGGAGCAGCGGAUGGAAGAGGGCCGCAGGAUGUUCCAAAUAUUCGCCGCGCGCAUGUUUGAGCAAAGAGUACUGACCGCGUAUCGAGAGAAGGUCGCUAGGGAACGGCAAGAGAAACUUCUAGAAGAGCUCGAGCAGGAAGAGACGCAAGAAUCGCAGCGCAAGGCCAAGAAGGCCAAGGAGGCCCAAAAACGAAAGGACAAAGCCGCCCAGAAGAAGCAGGCCCAACUCGAGGAGAAGGCGAAGCGCGACGCUGCCAAGGCGGCGGAAGAGGCGGCCCGCCUAGCGGAGGAGGCGAGAAGGCAAGAAGAAGCCAGGCUCAAGGCCGAGGAAAAGCGCAAGAAGAGGGAUGCGCAGAAAAAAGCAGAGGAAGAAGAGCGCCAAAGAAAAGAGCAGGAACGGCAACGGCGUGCGCUCGAGCAGAAGGAGAAGCAAGCGGAGCAGGAACGGAAAGCUCGAGAAGUGAGGGAACGCGAGAAGAAGCAGAAAGAGGAGCAGCGGCGCAAAGAGCAAGAGGCUCGCGAGCUCAAGGAGCGCGAGACUCGGGAGAGGAGAGAGAAGCACGAGAAGGACAAGAGAGACAAGGAGCUGAGAGCCGCUCAGGCCAAGGCCGAACGUGACGCCAAGGAGAAGUCGAAACAGGAAGAAAAGGCGGCGGCGAAAGUCGCGCCACCAGCCGCUCCGAUCCCGACGCAGCCAGCGAAGAAGCAACACCCCGUCUCGAUACCUGUACUCCCUCACCAGCCGCCGACGAGCCAUCCGUCACCCCAGAUCGCCGUUGCGACCCCUGCCCUCCCCAAGGCCCCCACGCCUAUAAAACCUCGGUCCGUCUCUCAGGAGGUAGCAAAGUCGGCUUCCCAAGCCUCUCACACCGCUUCCGGCCCAAGUCAAGAUGCCUCGCCGCCCGCCUUCACCCCGCAGCAUACAAGCCCCGGACCCAUCGGCCCGCCGAGGAAGAUGUCGUCUGCCGGCCCGUCGAGCUUGACUCCGUUAAUGCAUCCGGUAUCGCCCCUACACCCGGCCAUCAAGGGCCCUCCCGGGUCGCAGCCGGGACUGCCCAAUAUGGGGGCCUCCCCUGGGGGUAUGCAGUUUUCUCCCGGAAUGGCGCCUCCGGUGGGGCCAGGUUUCGGUCGAAUGCACGAUGCCAUGUUCCAACCCAUCCAUAUGAGUUUCCGUCCCAUAGGCAUGCCGUUACCUCCGCCGGGCCUGAAUCCCAUGGGCGGCAACCGGCCCUUUCCCAUACCGCACGCGCCACCCGGAUUCCACCAGUCAGGAGACCAACCCGUACCCGGCAUCCAUCACCAAGGCUUCUCCCCCGACAGUGCGCCAGGACGGCCAUCGUCACACUCACGUCAAGCUUCCGCGUCGUUCGACGCGAAUACCCUAGACAUGAAAGGGCUCAACAGCACGUCUCAGCCGAUCAGCAGGCCGACACCCAUAGGCAGGCCUGCCAGCGUCGUCCACGGACAGAGGGGUCCCGAUCCAGCGGCGGAUAUCGACGACGUGAGUAAUCAUCUCGGUAGUAGCGCGCUACUGGACGAUUCAGACGAGCCCUUUGGGAACGUCGGGUCUCCCCGGAGAGGCACUGCCGCUCCGGGCACGCGGCCGUCAUUCCCAGGCGCACCGUUCAUGGACCCGGUCUUCGGCUCGCCCCUGGCCGCCCCAUGGGGCGCUCCUAAUGUCUUCCCUCCUCCACCCGGCUUCGGUAACGCGCCGUGGCCCCCGAACCCUACCUUUGGUGGCCCUCCUGCCGCGAUGCGGGUCUCCCAACCCAGGCCGGUCGCCGUCCGUCAGAUGCUCGUCCGGGCCUGCAAGGACUUGGAAAGCCGGGGCGCAAAUUUCAACGGAUAUAUAGAUCUACCCGCGAUCAAGGGCCACGUAGAUGCUAUGAACCCCCCUGCGGCGGAGCCGGUUAGCGAGAAGGAAUUGCUAGACAUGUGCGAAACCGAGGGCAACGGCCAGAACGGCGGGGGAAGCUUCGAGGUCCGACGUGACGAACACGGGACACUCUUUAUCCGGUUCGAGGCAGGCAGAGGACUGGCUCCGGCCGCAUUUCCGCGAAGCGUGGGAGCCCCCGGCGAAAUCGGCAGUCCGGUCGUAGGAGCCGGCUCGCCUAAUAAUUACGGCACCGCAUCCUAGGCGGAUCAGGAUCUCGCCGCUCCAGCCGACGGUGCCGCCGUUCCUGCGGGCGAAGUCAUGGGCGCCAAUCGUGCAGUGCGCGCGAAGUGGGCGAGCACGAAGGGGUUCCUCCAAUAUCUCUCGGAUCUGGCAGACCGCGGAGUAGAGAAGAAGAAGAAGGGGGAGGAUCGUAGAGAUUCUCUCUCUUUUUUUACUGAGCCAGAAGUCUGGCUUGCCAACAACAUGUUAAUGUACCAUGCGCGCCGUGCUGGGUGAGCAUGCACGGUCAAACCAUCCCCUUGUAACCAGUAGGGAGCAAUAUCAGCUCUUGGGCAGUUGAAAUACGGAGUAUUACCUCUAUAUGCAAAUUUUUUUUUUUCAAUCGCGUGAGAGCAGGCGAAGAAGAAGAAGAAGAAGAAGAAGGAAUGGCAACAACGUAGGGACAAGAUGCGUCGUCCUCUCUCUCUCUCUCUCUCUCUCUC